AUCUAAUCAUGUUAUUUUUUUUUUUUGCAACCCCCGUUUGAUUCCCAAGAAAAUCCAUCCCCAUUCGAUUUCAGGGAAAAUUCAUCCUCGUUUGAUUUUCGAGAAAAUCCAUGCAAAACCCCCAAGGAAAACCAAAAGCAUUGCUAUUUUUUUUUGCUCCCUGUGUUUUCUGGAUAAGUUCUAGGGGUCUUUUUGCUUUUGUGCCAUUCGAUUUAAAUUUCAUGAACCCUAAAUCCACGAUUUUUGAGCCAGGCUGAAAAACACAACCUUUGCCUGCAAAUCAUGAUUAGAUUACUAAAUAGCAUCUUAUGUUUUUGUUCUAAAAAAAAUUGGACAAAUUUUGUAUCCUGUGCGCGGGUCGGGCUGGUUGGAAAUAUCGGGAAAUUUCCCGAAAAAUCGGUAAAAAUACCGAUAAGUACCAAAAUAUCGGCGAUAUUUUCGAAAAUUACCGAAAUUUCCGUCGACCGAUAAUCGGUGACGAAAAAUUUCGACAUUUCAAUCCUUGGUCUCCACCACUCAACUUCACGGAAAUGGAUAUGAUACUUGGAGCAUAAAGAUGAGGACUCUUUUUAUCUCCGAAGAUCUGUGGGAGCUUGUGGAUAAGGGUUAUGUAGAAGAGGAAAUUCCAAGAGAUGCUAUGAGAGAUGUACGAAAGAAUGAUGCCAAGGCAUUGUUUUUUAUUCAACAAGCAAUCUCGGAGAGUAUUUUUCCUCAAAUUUCGAAGGCAAUGAAGUCUAAGGAAGCAUGGGACAGUUUGCAAACAAAAUAUCAAAGCACAAGCCUGGAUGCAGCUCAAGAUGGAGAUGGUAGCCAAACUGACAUCCCUCUCAUGGAUGACUCUGUGUAUGAGGCAGCAGCGAAGGGCGACAUUGAAGCUCUGAAGAAAAUUCCAGAGUCCGAAUUUCAUGCCCAAUUAAGCCCAAAGCAUAACACAAUACUCCAUAUUGCAAGUGAAUUCGGUAAAAUAGAGUGUGUGAAUUGGAUCCUUGAUUUUCCCUCAUCUUCAUCUCUGCUGCGAUGCCCUAAUUUGAAUGAGGACACUCCCCUUCACCUUGCAGCAAGGGAAGGGCAUUUGAAGGUCGUGGAAGCUCUUAUAAAUGCUGCAAGAAAACCUACACUAGAUAUUGAAACUGGGCCUGGACCACAUAAGGUUAUGCUGAGGAUGAAAAAUAAGGGGAAAGACACAGCCUUGCAUGAGGCAGUGCGAUAUGGAAAUCGUGAGGUGGUGAAGUUAUUGAUCAAGGAGGACCCCGAUUUGGUCUAUGGUGCUAAUGAUUCAGGUAUCACUCCUCUUUACAUGGCUGCAGAGGGACGAUUUAGAGCCAUAGUGGAAAUAAUCAUAGAUGAAAGUAAGGAAACUGGUACUUCACCCCCUUACAUUGGCGGACUUUUCUUAAUAGUACGGUAAUUUAAAAAAGUUAUA